AAGUGGAAAGUUGCGCCAACGGUCCACAUCAGUAGUGGUUGAUCCUCCCUUUGAACAGCAUUGGUUCGUCUCUGGUACAGCAACGAUGGAGAAGUGGGUUGGCAAGAUAGCGCUGGUAACGGGCGCCAGCUCGGGCAUCGGACAGGAUGUGGCGCUUACGCUAGCGGACGCGGGCAUGAUCGUGGUAGGGAUAGCGCGCCGUGCCGAGCUCGUCACGCUACUCUCCACCAAGGUGACCGGCGGCGGUAAGAUUUACGCCAAAAAGUGUGAUGUGAGCAACGAGGGAGAAAUAAUGGAAACGCUCAACUGGAUCCGCCGCGAGUUCGGUGGCGUUGAUGUGCUGAUCAAUAAUGCAGGCAUUUAUCGCUAUCAAUUUAUCACGCAGAGUGAAACGUCCGAUUUUCGCGACACCUUCAACGUGAACGUGCUGGCGACGUGCAUUUUCAUUCGCGAAGUGGUAAAGGACAUGCAGGCAAGGGAAGCGUACGGUCACAUCGUGGUGCUGAACAGCUUGCUGGGCAAACGCGUCCCGGACGUAUCGGUGCCCGUGUUCGGCGUGUAUCCGGCAUCCAAGUUUGCGCUCGUUGGGAUGACGGAAGUGUUGCGGCAAGAGUUAAACUUCCUCAAAUUGCCCAUCAAAGUUACGAGCAUUCAUCCUGGCAUGGUGCAGACGGACAUGAUCAAGGUGUUCGAGUCGAAGCUAGCGGAACGGCUACCAAAGCUCCAGGUGACAGACAUUACCGCCAGCAUCGUGCAUUGCCUUGCAACACCUCCCGAAGUUCGUAUCGAUGAGCUGACCAUUAUGCCAACGAUGCAGUAAAAGGCCGUGGCCGCCAGCUAAAGGUAUCCGUUCAUUUGUUGUACAACACAAACGCAGUACUCAAUAAAAUAUAUGUUUGGAAUUGUUGCUUUGA